ACUCGGAAGAGGCAGAAGCCUGUCAGUGAUACAGAGAGUGGAGAAUGUUACAGGUCGCCUUUCCGGAAGCCCUUGGCUCAACUGACCAAUAGACCUCACUGCCUGGAUAGCAGUCAACAUGAGGCUUUUAUCCGCAGCAUUUUGUCCAAACCCUUCAAAGUCCCCAUUCCAAAUUAUAAAGGGCCACUGGGCUUGCGUGCACUGGGUAUCAAACGGGCAGGGCUGAGGAGUCCUCUCCAUGACCCUUUUGAGGAAGGAGCUCUGGUUCUUUAUGAGCCCCCACUGCUGAGUGCCCACGACCAGCUGAAAAUAGACAAGGACAAAGCACCUGUUCAUGUUGUGGUGGAUCCUGUCCUCAGUCGUGUUUUGCGGCCCCAUCAGAGAGAAGGAGUGAAAUUCCUCUGGGACUGUGUGACAAGCCGGCGCAUCCCUGGGAGCCAUGGCUGUAUCAUGGCAGAUGAAAUGGGACUGGGCAAAACCCUGCAGUGCAUCACACUCAUGUGGACACUUCUCCGACAAAGUCCAGAUUGUAAGCCUGAAAUAGAGAAAGCCAUGGUGGUGUCUCCCUCCAGCCUGGUGAGAAACUGGUACAAUGAAGUAGAGAAAUGGCUGGGGGGAAGGAUCCAGCCACUGGCCAUUGAUGGAGGCUCCAAAGAAGAGAUUGACCGUAAACUAGUUGGCUUUAUGAACCAGCGUGGCCUGCGAGUGCCUUCACCCAUCCUGAUCAUCUCCUAUGAGACCUUCCGGCUCCACGCUGAGGCAUUGCAGAAGGGCACUGUUGGGCUGGUUAUAUGUGAUGAGGGCCAUAGACUGAAGAACUCUGAAAACCAAACAUACCAAGCUCUCAACAGCUUAAAUACACCUCGACGAGUCCUUAUCUCAGGCACCCCCAUUCAGAACGACCUGCUUGAAUACUUCAGCCUAGUGCACUUUGUCAAUUCUGGCAUCCUGGGGACUGCACAGGAAUUUAAAAGACAUUUUGAAAUUCCAAUCUUGAAAGGCAGAGAUGCGGAUGCAAGUGAAGCUGAGAGACACAAAGGAGAAGAGAGGCUUAAAGAGCUGAUCAGUAUUGUGAACAGGUGUUUAAUCCGAAGAACUUCAGACAUCCUAUCUAAAUACCUGCCAGUGAAGAUCGAGCAGGUGGUGUGCUGCAGACUGACACCUCUGCAGGCUGAGCUGUACAAGAACUUCCUAAAGCAAGCCAAGCCAGUGGAGGAGCUGAAGGAGGGCAAAAUCAGUGUGUCGUCUCUCUCUUCCAUCACUUCCUUGAAGAAGCUCUGCAAUCACCCUGCUCUUAUCCAUGAUAAGUGUGUGGAAGAGGAAGAAGGUUUUAUGGGAGCCCUGGACUUGUUCCCUGCUGGCUACAGCACCAAAUCUGUGGAGCCCCAGCUUUCAGGGAAGAUGCUGGUUUUGGACUACAUUCUUGCUGUUACAAAAAGCACCAGUAAUGAUAAGGUGGUUUUAGUGUCUAACUACACUCAAACACUGGACCUAUUUGAAAAGCUCUGCAGGAACAGAAGGUAUUUAUAUGUCCGGCUGGAUGGCACCAUGUCCAUUAAAAAGAGAGCAAAAGUUGUGGAGCGAUUCAACAGCGCCUCGAGUCCUGAGUUUAUCUUCAUGCUAAGCAGCAAAGCAGGUGGCUGUGGUUUGAAUUUGAUCGGGGCUAACAGACUGGUUAUGUUCGACCCAGACUGGAAUCCAGCUAAUGAUGAACAGGCCAUGGCUCGUGUGUGGCGGGAUGGCCAAAAGAAGACAUGCUACAUCUAUCGUCUACUUUCGACGGGGACCAUAGAGGAGAAGAUAUUCCAGCGCCAAACCCACAAGAAGGCCCUCAGCAGCUGUGUGGUGGAUGAGGAGCAGGACGUAGAAAGGCACUUCUCACUUGGGGAGCUGAAGGAGCUCUUCACGUUGAAUGAGUCCACCACCAGUGACACCCAUGACAAGAUCAAGUGUCGUCGCUGUGUGAACGGCCACCAGGUCCGGCCCCCUCCUGAAGGGUCUGACUGCACAUCUGACCUCUCCCAGUGGCACCACUGUGCCGACAAGCGGGGGCUGCAGGACUCUGUGCUGAAGGCUGCUUGGGAUGCUGCUGUCACGUUCACUUUUCAUCAUCACUCCCAUGAGGAGCAGCGAGGGAUCCCUUAACAGGAGGUUACUGUCCCCUGUGGGGGCAAGGGCAGGCUGCUGUGGCAGUCCACCCCACUUUAAUCCCUUUCAAGGAAAGGGGCAGCAGGUAGCAGUACAUGCUAGACUGUUGUGUAGCAGAAUGGCGUGGUUUCUAUGAGGCUGGAAGACCCUCAGCAUUGCUGUCUACUGUGACAGCAAGGAGUCAGUGGCUUUUCUCUGCUGUGGUAUUGUGUGCCUGAGAAAC